AUGUAACAACUACUGAAAUAGUUUAUGAAUUAAUACAGUCCGUUGUCCAGUCUCUGUCUCAUUCAGUCAUGUGCUGCUCGGCUCCCACCCUUUCUCCCUCGAAUCUUCUUCUCAUGCUUCUCCACUCUCUCCCCAUUUUCUCUCAUCUUCUUCAAAUCACUCAUUAAUUCUGCAUUAUUUGAUGCCUGGAGAUCAUUCUUGAGCUUCUAAACUGUUUGUGCUUUGUAUUAUAAAUUGAGCUUUGAGGCCCAGAAGAUUUCCAGGUUAUAAUAGUUUGUUUGUUGAUUCAGCUUGAUUUUUGGAUUAAUGGGUAUGUGGGGUUUGAGGGUUUUGAUGCAAUUUUGAGUUGAAUGAUGAAAGUCGAAUGAAUCUAUAGAAAAUUGGGAUUUAGGGUUAUUUAGAAUCUAUGGUUUUGGUAAUGUGUAAUUUGAGGAGUGUUUUUGUGAUCUUUUAAGACCAUGAACAUCUUCAGUAGUGGUUCAUCUAUCAGUAGGAGUACAUCUACAAAUAGGAAGAAUGCCACUGCUAUUGGUAGUCCAAAAGUGUUUCUCCAUAAAGAUAAGUCAGACAACUCCUAUGGACUUCGUCGGGAUAGCUUGAUCUCUCGGAAUUUGUGUUUUCUCUUCAUUACUGGACCAUUGAUCACCUUUUACUUGUGUUUAUCUUUUGGGUAUUUCAAUAUUUUUCCCAAUUUCGGGUUGGUAUUUCCCAAGUAUGGUGCUUCAUCGAGUAAGUGUGAUGUCUUUGAUGGGAGUUGGGUAUCGGACUACAACUAUCCUUUGUACAAUUCUUCUGAGUGUCCUUUUGUGGAACAAGGUUUCAAUUGCUUGGGCAAUGGGAGGAAGGAUAAAAAUUACCUUAGAUGGAGAUGGAAGCCCAAAGAUUGUGACAUCCCUGCUUUUAAUGCAUCUAACAUAUUGGAAAGGCUUCGAGGUAAAAGGGUUGUUUUUGUGGGAGAUUCUAUGAGUCGGACACAAUGGGAGUCCUUUAUAUGCUUGCUUAUGACAGGAGUGGAGGACAAGAAUAGUGUUUACGAAGUAAAAGGAAGGAACAUAACGAAAACCACGAGACACUUGGCUGUUCGCUUUCGUUCCUUUAAUUUAUCUGUGGAGUUUUAUCGGUCCGUUUUCUUGGUUCAACCUGGUAUUGCAACAAAGCAUUCUCCAAAGAGAGUGAAGUCAACACUCAAGCUUGACAAAAUGGAUGACAUCAGUAAGGAAUGGGUUAAUUCAGAUGCAAUAAUAUUCAACUCGGGACAUUGGUGGAUACCGUCAAAGCUAUUUGAAAUGAGUUGCUAUUUUCAGUUAGGUGGUUCACUGAAGCUUGGGAUGUCAAUACCUUCGGCCUUUAAAAAAGCUAUGGCCACCUGGGCUUCAUGGGUGGAAGCUUCAGUAGAUUCAAAAAGAACACGUGUUUACUUUCGUACUUUUGAGCCAUCUCACUGGAGGUACAUUGAGUAA